UUCUUCCGCGUCUGUUUACCUGAACCUCGGAAGUUUCACAAAUGGGCGUUUGUUUCUGAAUUAAACAGGUCACAAAAAGUCACAAAGUUUUAUAUUUGUGUCCUUGUGUGAGUGAGUUAUAGGUAGAAAGAAAAACGAGAGCAAGAGGGAAAUGCACUGAUAAAGUAAAAGCGCAAAAAAGGGCAGUUAAAGUUUUGUUUUCGUUAAAGUUAGCUGAAGUUGUCCACAAUGGGAUGUUGUAACAGCACCGAGAGCAAACGUGAUUGGAAACCACUGGAGCAGCGCAGCUGCACGGACAUCCCAUGGCUCAUCAUAUUCAUAUUGUUUUGUAUUGGGAUGGUGUGUAUAUGUGCCUUUCCCAUCGCCACAGGAGCUGCCUCCAGGCUUAUCUCAGGAUAUGACAGUUAUGGCAACACCUGUGGCAAGAAUAACACCAAGAUCGAGGGAGUACCCCUGAGUGGCCGGGACAUGACAGAAAACAAGUAUGUUUUCUUUCUAGACCCUUGCAACCUUGAUUUAAUCAACAGGAAGAUCAAGUCGAUUGCUCUGUGUGUCUCCAAAUGUCCUGCUGCUCAACUGAAGGAAUACAGUGAUUUAAAGCAGUUUGCUCUGAAUAAUGGAUCUUAUCUCUGCUCCUAUGAUAUUUCUCCUACAAGAUACACAAGCCAUUCAGACAGAUUCACUAAAUGUCCCAAACUCCCUGUUCCACCAAGUAAAUCUGUCCCAUUGUUACACCGCUGUAUUCCUGUGGAUAUUGGAUGCUAUGCAGAAUUCGCCCAGGCAUUCAUCACAUUUGUCAGUGACAACACUGUGCUGCGCCGAGUCAUUUCUGGGGUGAUGGCCAGCAAGGAGAUCAUCAUGGGCCUUUGUUUGCUGGCUUUAGUCCUGUCCCUGAUCAUGAUGGUUGUCAUUCGUUACAUCUCCAAAGUGCUGGUGUGGAUUCUAACGACUCUGGUAGUCAUUGGCUCUAUAGGUGGGACAGGCGUCCUCUGGUGGCUCUAUGCAGACCACAAGAGAGCCCUUGAUAAUAACACCUUAUCAGUAUUUGGAAAAGAAGUUGCCUCAGACAAUGUAAAGGCCCUGCUUGUGUAUGCAAUUGGUGCAACAAUUUUCACGGUAGUUCUCCUGCUGGUGAUGUUCUUCAUGAGGAAGCGUGUGGCACUAACGAUCUCCCUGUUCCACGUGGCUGGUAAAGUGUUCAUCCACCUUCCCCUGCUGGCUCUGCAGCCUUUCUGGACCUUCCUUUGUCUCAUGCUCUUCUGGGUCUACUGGAUCGCUGUGCUUCUCUCUCUCGGGACUUCAGGCACACCAGUAAAGAACAACUCUACAGGCGUGGUUGAAUAUCAAAUGCAAGGGCCUCUGCAGUACUUGGUGUGGUAUCAUGCUGUGGGUCUCAUCUGGAUUAGUGAGUUCAUACUUGCCUUUCAGCAAAUGACCAUCGCGGGAGCUGUUGUCACUUACUACUUCACAAGGAAUAAGUCCCAGUUGCCAGCAACUCCUAUCCUCUCCUCUAUGAUACGUACCAUCCGCUACCAUCUGGGUACUCUGGCCAAAGGCUCCUUCAUCAUCACACUUGUUAAGAUCCCUCGUCUCAUCCUAAUGUACAUCCACAGCCAGCUCAAAGGAAAGGAAAAUGCCUGUGCUCGCUGCAUGCUGAAAGCUUGUGUUUGCUGUCUGUGGUGUCUUGAGAAGUGCCUUUCGUACUUAAAUCAAAAUGCUUACACUGCAACAGCCAUCAACAGCACCAGUUUCUGCACCUCUGCCCGCGAUGCUUUCCUUAUCUUGGUGGAGAAUGCACUCCGAGUGGCCGCCAUCAACACUGUGGGCGACUUUGUCCUCUUCUUGGGAAAGGUGCUUAUAGUCUCCUGUACAGCUUUCGCCGGCAUCCUGGCUCUGAACUACCAGAGGGAAUACACCGUGUGGGUCCUGCCUCUUCUCAUCGUCUGUCUGUUUGCCUUCCUGGUGGCUCACUGCUUCCUUUCUGUCUUUGAAAAUGUGGUGGACGUUCUCUUCCUCUGCUUUGCUGUGGACACAAAGUACAAUGAUGGCAGCUCUGGGCGCGAGUAUUACAUGGACAAGGCCUUAAUGGAAUUUGUUGAGAACAGUAAAAAAGAAGGUUUGUACAAGCCUGGUGAUGGAGAUGGACGGGAGAUGAAGUCCUUGGCACGUGGAGGGACUUCUGCUUGACCAAGUGCCAGAAAGACGGUGAAAACCACUAAAAAUACACCAAAGCCUAACUUGAAGUAUACUAGCAUUUCACUCCAGGGACAUCAGUAAGAUGACUAACACUGUACAGAAGCUAUGCAGAGUUUCAGCAAAAGAUGCAAUGGGUUUCAUUUUUUUCUUCUUUUUUUUUGAGUAGGAGGGAGUGUUUAUUUAAAGUUUGACACUAAUAGCUAUAGUAUGUCAAAAGCAUAUUUGGGAGUGUUUUGUUAUUAAUAGGACAGGUUUACUAGUUUGGUCUUUUUUUUUUUCUUACUUUUUAACUGAGUUUUCUUUUUUAUUCCAAUUUUAAAUAAGCAAUUUAACAUGGUUUAAAGGAGAGUUCCGGUCGAUUUCAGCAUGUAGCUCUGUUUUAAAAAAAAAAAGUGUAGUGCUGUCAUUAGCGAGACAAAUGAAAACAAUCUGUGCAGUCUACACCAAGUUAUCCUCCUGCUAGAUUUUGCACCCAACAGGCUUAAACAAGGCAAGUUUGAAACUUGUUUUAAACCUCUAAACAUUCUCAAAAUGUCAGUAACAGUGCUAUGGAAUGUGCAGUUAUCCCUUCUAAGUGAACACGGCGAAUUUGACUGCGGUAGAUGUGACAGAAAGGCAUAAAUGUUGUGCUAAUUCAGCCAGUGCACAUACCUCUGUUUAUUUCCGGUGAAGUCCACACUAGUCGAUUAUCACAACUUUUAAGCCUUUCUGUCACAUAUACUGCAGUCAGAUUCACUGUGCUCACUUAGAAGGAAUAACUGCACAUGGCUAGGCACUGGUAAUGACAUUUUUAACAUGUUUAGAGGCUACAAACACGUUUAAAACUUGCCCUGUUGAAGCCUGUUGGGGACUAACUCUAGAAGGAGGAUACCAGUAACAAGGUGUAGGCAGCACUUAUUGUUUUAAUUUUUCUCUCUCUCUACUUUUCUCUCAGCACUCCAACUUUCCCAACAACAGAGCUACGUGUUGAAAUUGACCGGAAUUCUCCUUUAACAUGUGUGGUUUUACUUAUUGUGUAAUUAUUGUUAGCUGUAGUUUGUUUCAGUGUACAUUUUUAAAUGGAUAGCUAACUGUGUUUUGUCAAAGGCUGUUCAUGUUGUUUUAUUACUUCUAAAGUUUUAUACUUAAAUAAAUUCAAA